GAGCCAGUCAGAGGGAGAGAUGCCUGUCCCUAAAACCCCACCACCGCCACCGCUGCCAGUCACCGGAGACGACUUCCGAAAGCCCAGAAAGUCAAAGGCGCUGUUUGUCGACUCUGCCUUCUUUUCUACCCGCGACCAUCCCACGUGGGAGGAUCAAGUCAAAAUGGCGCGAAAAAUAGCCGCGUCUCUCUCUGAUGCCACAAAUCGCCACUCGCGAGGUCAAACGAUGUACGAACGACGAAAGAAGCGCAGCCCACGCUGGAUUCAUCAAGAUGUUGCCAAUGAGAGUGAACCAGAUUCUACAUCAGGUGGAGCUCCGCUAACAUCUGAGGAUUACCGCGGGCCGACGCUGACGGUGCAAACGAAGCCACUGUUCGAGCUGAUCAUGAAUCCUCAAGGUCAACUACUUGACCUUGAAUCGCUUCGGGACAAAGGAGUCGUAAUAAACACUGAGAGUCUCUCGCCAGAGCUGUGCGCAGAACUGAUCAGUGAUCUUCACUCGGCCAGGGGAAAAGGCGGUCAGAUUUUCGCUCGCCGUAAGAAGCGAUCAGAACGAUGGGUGUAGAUGAGUUCCACCCAGAACC